AUGGAGGACUUUUCCACAUACCAGGACGUCUUCGGACAGCUCAUGUUCCUCAAAACUUACACCCAAAUCGUCCUCGGCUUUCCCACACUGGAGCCAGUAUCCGACGAAGCUAUUACGAAGAACCUUGAAGCAGCGGCAAAGACGCUCACAGAUGCAUUCCCUUGGCUCUCCGGGCACGUUAUCCGCGAAGGAGCGGCGCCAGGAAAAACCGGCCUCGCAAAAAUCGUCCCAUAUGCUCCAGGGACACGCCUCACUCCCGUUGUGGCCAAGGACUGCCGCAAGCUUUGUCCGUCGUUUCAGACAAUCGUGGACGCAGGCGCGCCAAUGUCGAUGCUUGACGGUGAGAUCUUGUCUUCACGAGAGGGAAUCCCCAUCGGGUAUGACGAAUCAAUCGAGCCGGCUCCGGUAUUCCUCAUCCAGGCCAACUUUAUUGAAGGUGGUGUACUCGUCACAUUCGCCGGCCAGCACAAUAUUGUCGACAUGAACGGCCUAGCCCAAUUGAUUCGGCUGUUCGCAAAGGCCUGCCGGGCUGAAUCGUUUACGCAGCUUGAACUUGAGCAAGGAAAUCGAGAUCGCAGGACCGUCAUUCGACUUUUGGGCCCAGAUGAGCCUAAAACCGACAUUACUCCCUUUCGCGUUCACGGUGACCAUCCGGAACCAGAUGUGCUUUCCAAGUGGGUGUACUUUCACUUCCCUGGUUCGAGUCUAGCAGAACUCAAGAGUGUUGCCUCCACGCCAGGCUCCUGGGUCUCGACUGAUGAUGCGCUGUCUGCGCUGGUGUGUCAACGGAUCACGGCUGCGCGAAUCCAGCGUCUUGGAUCUGGUCAGCCUGGAGCAACUGCGACUUUCUGUCGCGCCAUUAAUUCGCGGCGCUAUGUAGAGACGCGAGUCCCUCCGGAGUACAUGGGCCAUAUGGUGUACUGCAUCGACCAAAAAUUAUCACUGGAUGAUGCUGCGGGUGCCAUGGAUCUCUCGGUUCUCGCUGGAAAGUUCCGUGAUGAUCUUAAAAAUCUGCAGCCCCUUCCAAUCCACAGCUUUGUAACAGCACUAGCAGAAACUGAAGACAAAGGCUCCUUGGUGUACGGAGCAACGCUGGAUGCUUCCAAGUACGACGUCAUGUUUUCAAGUUGGGCUGGGCAGGGGCUAUACCAGCAGUCCUUUGGAAAGCUGGGGAAGCCACAAAUAGCGAAAAGACACAGGUUCAAGCCCAUGGAAGGUCUUAUCUAUUUUAUGCCUAGGACGGACGCUGGAGAUAUUGACGUGGCGGUAUGCCUAAGAGAGGAAGAUAUUGAGCGCUUAAGGGAGGAUGAGAUCUUGACAAAAUACGGAAAGUACAUUGGUUGA